CUAGGUUGAGGGAGAACUUGGAGAAGGCACGAGUUCACACUUCACAGUUCACAGUUGAGAGAUAGUGUUGUGGUGUGUUGAUCGUCUGUGUUGUAUCGUAGUGUUUAGUGUUGCCUUAGUAAACAUGUUAGAAGCAGAUGAAAUACUGGAACUUUUUAGAGGCUGUUUGCCCUAUUACCUAUUUAUAAUGCUACCUGUGCUUAUUAUAAUUUCACCGGUUAAUCCAGUGGACGCGGCACACGAAUUUCCCGUGUAUCGUAUGCAACAUUUUGAUUUACACGGUGUACCUCGCGGGAGCAGACAUGCCCCCGUAAACCUGGAGGCCCGUUCGUUGACUGGAUGGAGUACCGCACGGCAGUGCAUAGUGGCACGUUUGGAAGAUAUAACUCCAGACCAAUUUCGAGAAAUAAGAGCCAAAGCAGGGGCUCUCCUCCUUGUCCUGCCUCGGCAGAUUUCCAGUCUAUCGGACGAAGCCAAGCAGCAUAUUCUUGAACUGGAACGUGCCAUGUUGGAGCAAGAGGUUCCAAUUCCUGUUUAUUUCAUAGAAUGGACAAAAGCAAUCCAGACAGUUCUUGAAAAUCUUGCACGGAGCUAUUCAUCAGAUGAAAGAUCAAUCUCAGCAGCAGAAGCUAUGUUAAACGCUGUGUCAGCGAGUGGAUACCAAGUUGUAAUAGCUAGUGGACAAGCAUCAGUAAAAGGAGAUAUUAAUAUUGCAACUGUACAGGGUAAAUUAUCUGGUUAUGGAGUUGAAGAGAAGUUGCCAACCAUUGCCAUUGUGGCACAUUAUGAUAGCUUUGGUGUAGCUCCUGAGUUGUCAUUUGGGGCGGACUCAAAUGGUUCUGGAGUGGUGAUGCUUCUGGAGCUGGCACGACUAUUCUCGGGGCUGUACUCAAGUCCAAAGACACAUGCUCGAUACAACCUUGUCUUCCUCCUGUCAGGUGCUGGCAAAUUCAACUAUCAUGGCAGCAAGAAAUGGCUUGAAGACCAACUAGACGGUGUUGAGACUUCAAUUAUUCAGGAAGCCUCUUACGUGCUCUGUCUUGAUUCUGUUGCAAGCAACAGCAAUCUGUAUCUACAUGUCUCUAAGCCACCACGAGAAGGCAGUCAGGGCUAUCUGUUUUUCAAGGAACUAAAAUCUGUUUCACAAAUGCUGUAUCCAGAUAUGUCCGUUGAAGGCAUCCACAAGAAGAUCAAUCUUGCUGAUGAACUCCUAGCUUGGGAACAUGAACGGUACAGCAUUAGAAGGCUUCCAGCUUUUACCUUAUCGUCUCUCAGAAGUCAUAAAGAAGCAAGAAGGCACACAAUAUUGGACACCAGAGAUUCAACAGAUGUUACUCAUCUAGUGCAAAAUAUUCAAGUUGUUGCUGAAGCCCUUGCCAGGCAUAUUUAUAAUUUAUCAUCAGGAGAAGUAUUCUCGGAGAAUCUCGGUGUGCAGGUGGAGUCCAUCAGCUCAUGGCUGGAUUUUCUGAGUUCUCAACCACGUUCAGCUCAGCUUUUAGCUGACAAACAGAAUACACUGGUCUCAACUCUCAAGGACACCAUGUCCAGGUACCUGAAAGAGGUGAAAGUAUCCUACAUGACGCCAGAUAAACGUGAGCCUGAGUUUGUAUUUUACGAUAUCACAAAAAGUCAAGUGAGCAUUUACAGUGUAAAGCCAGCAGUCUUUGAUCUCUUUCUAACAAUUGCUAUUUCCAUCUACCUCACUGUUAUUUAUUUUGUUAUACAGAACUUUCCACAGUUUUAUACUGUUGUAUUGUCCAUUGUGGGUGCUACAAGGCAGAAGGUCCAUUAGAGAAGCUUCAUUGUAGUAGAAAUUUAAAAUAUAUUGUACAUAGUUUCUGUACAUAUGUACUUUCCUAAGACAGAAAUCAAUUGUAGAGUGCCUUCAAUGAAACAUCAAGAAAUACUGUUUUUAUAAAGGAAGUAUUCAUGUUAUGGAAUGUGUUAUGUACAAACUUUCCAGAAAAGAAAUUCAGAAUUCAUCAAGACUAA